AUGUUGGAUCAAAGAGCAAGACAAAUUUUUAGAACUCUAGAACCAAUCAUGAUGGAAAUCGAGGAGCUGGAUAGUAUGCAAGAAUCAGAGCAUCUCAAGAAAAUAGAAGAUAUAAGGAUUGUGGAAACGACAAAAAAGCGAAAUGGGAAAGCCAGUCCAACGCUCGAUGAUAUCGUUACAUAUCUACAGCAUCGCUUUCAGUUUCUUGAGAGGAUCGCUCCAGAUACUACUCCGACUAGUCUUCCUGUAACAAGUCAGAGAGUAAUAGCCCAAGCCAGUACUGCUGCUCCUGAGAAAACAGGCGAUGUGUUAAAUUUGUAA